CAGCUAAACAGUGUCGUUUAAAGCACCUUAGAUGUUACUCGGUUUACUAUUUCUGCUCCAAAACUUAGUGUGCUGCUGCUUCUGCUUCAGGACGCAAGACAAACCCCUCCACAUCUGUCCGGCUGUACUAAGCUUCUGCUCUUUUAUCUAGAGAGCCCUAGAAAAAAUGGCAACAUUCGAGCAAGCUCCACCUGGUGAUCUAAAGGCAGGAGAGAAGAUCUUCAAAACUAAGUGUGCCCAAUGCCACACCGUCGAAAAAGGUGCUGGCCACAAACAAGGACCCAAUUUGAAUGGGCUUUUUGGAAGGCAAUCUGGGACGACUGCAGGGUAUUCCUACUCUGCAGCUAAUAAGAACAUGGCCGUGAUAUGGGGAGAAAGUGCUUUGUACGAUUACUUGCUCAAUCCUAAGAAGUACAUUCCUGGAACUAAGAUGGUCUUCCCUGGAUUGAAGAAGCCGCAAGAGCGUGCAGAUCUCAUUGCCUAUCUGAAGGAAGCAACUGCUUGAUCUUCUUGCUUAAUAUGGAUAUUUAGCAAAUGAUUGUGACAUUAGUCUGAGUAUUGCUAACAAUUUAGUUUUUUCAAAGAAAAAGAAAACCAACCACUUCUUGAAAUAAGACAGAUCAAGGCUUAAAUA